AUGGGAUUUUCCCCAUUUCCCUAUGUUCCGCCGCCGCCGCCUCCGUCGAAACAGAGUCAUAUGCCGGUGUUGUACUACGGUUUGGUGGUUGUCGGAACGGCCGGAAUAGUGCUGGUGAUUUACAACUUGAUCAUAUUAAGAUGGUGCUCCAAUUACACUCGGCCGGCGGCAGACCGGCCCUCCUCCGGCCGUGACGAGGCCAGAGGAGGAGCAUCAAGUAUGAGUUUUGACAAUUCGAACGCGCUUUUGAUCUCGAGUUUUAAGUACAAGAAAGAAGGGUCUUCAUCAUCUUCGUCAUUAUCAAAGGAUGUUGUUGUUGUUGGAGCUAAUUAUAAUGAAUAUGAAUGUGCUGUUUGUUUGUCAGUUUUUGAAGAGGAUGAAGAAUUGAAGCAGUUGCCGAGGUGUAAACACUCCUUUCAUGCUCCCUGUAUUGAUAUGUGGCUGUAUUCUCAUCUGGAUUGUCCACUGUGUCGUUCUCCGGUCGACCCGCCGCCGUCUCUGAACAGGGUUGUCACCUCGCCGUUGCCGAGAGUUCCAAUUCCCAGAACUACCGGCGAAGGAUUGCUGGCUGGCUUCUCCAUUUAG